AUGACCAGAUACCGACUACCGGACGUUCCAGGUGCCUGGAAGGAGAAGGAGCUGUUGCGGGACCUUCUACACGACUAUGAGAAAAAGGCUCGUCCCGUUGUCGACGGGGUCUCGCCAAUCGCUCAACUCUCGGAGACACUUUCCGUGCAGCAAAUCACCAUCGAGUUUGGGCUCUCCCUCAUUCAGAUCCUCGAACUGGACGAAAACGAACAGGUUCUCACUACUAGCAUCCGAACACUUUAUAGAUGGAAAGACUACCACAUGGUUUGGGAUCCGGCAGAGUAUGGAAACAUCACAUCGGUCCAAAUGCCAACCUCAAAACUCUGGCUUCCUGAUAUAGCCUUAUACAACUACGCCGACGAGCGAUUAGAAGAGCGGCGACACUCGGACUUGCUGGUUUCAUACACGGGGACAGUGGAAUGGCAGCCGCAGGCCAUCUACAAAAGUGCCUGUUUUGUCCACAUCAAGUACUUUCCUUUUGAUCAGCAAAAUUGUACUUUCAAAUUCGGACCCUGGACCUACGACGCUGCUCGGACGAACAUAACCUUCUACAACAACUCGGAUGGGUGGUUUUUGAAUGAUUACGAGGAGAGUCCGGAGUGGGAACUAUUGGCUACGAAGGCUGUUUUCACGGGUUUUAAAUACCAGUGCUGCUUCGAAGUCUAUCCUGACAUUACUUUUCAAAUGGUAAUCAAGCGACAGCCAGCCUUCUACAACUACGUCGUCAUUCUACCCUGCUUCCUCCUCUCCUCACUCACACUUGUCCUCUUCUGUCUCCCCGCUGAAACACCCGCUAAGAUGCAGCUCGAUUCCAACUCAGAUGCGUAUUAA